AUGGAGGUUAACAAAAAAGAGAAUGGGAAGAAAUAUAUUUUAGGCAUAGAAGGGAGCGCGAAUAAAUUGGGCAUAAGUAUUAUAAAUGAAGAUAUGAAUAUAUUAAUAAAUAUGAGAAGGACAUAUAUAUCUGAAAUAGGAUGUGGAUUUAUACCUAGAGAAAUUAGUGCUCAUCAUAAAUAUUAUAUAAUAGAUAUGAUAAAGAAUUGUUUAAAAAAAUUAAAUAUAAAAAUAAGUGAUAUUACCUUAAUAUGUUACACAAAAGGCCCAGGUAUAGGAUCAGCUCUUUAUAUAGGUUAUAAUGUAGCAAAAAUUUUAUAUUCUUAUUUUAAUAUACCAGUGGUUGGAGUUAAUCAUUGUAUUGCUCAUAUAGAAAUGGGUAUAUAUAUAACAAAAUUAUAUAACCCUAUAGUUCUUUAUGUAAGUGGAAGUAAUACACAAAUUAUUUAUUAUAAUGAUCAUAAAAAGAAAUAUGAAAUUAUAGGAGAAACAUUAGAUAUUGCCAUAGGUAAUGUUAUUGAUCGAUCAGCAAGAAUUUUAAAAAUUUCAAAUGCACCCUCACCAGGAUAUAAUGUAGAACUCUUAGCUAGAAAAAAAUAUCUACUAAAUAUUUUGAAAAAAAAAAAAAAUAAUAAAAGUAAUAUGAAACAAGAACAAGAAGCCAAAGAUAAUAAUAUCAACACAGAUGAAUUAAAUGAUAAACAAAUGAAUGAUAAUAAAAAAAGUGAAGACUUUACAGAAUUAUUAUUCUUUCCUUAUACUAUUAAAGGUAUGGAUAUAUCUUUUAGUGGUUACGAUUUUUAUAUUACCAAAUAUUUUUGCAAAUAUAUGAAUAAAAAGUCUAAAGCUCUAAAUAAGGAGGGAAAAAAAAUGGUCGAUCAAAGUUGUCAUGAAAAAGGUAAGGAUAAACAAAAUGGUAAUAAAAUAAAAUAUAAUGAAAAGAAACACAAAGACGAAGAAGACAAAGAAGAAGAAGACAAAGACGAAGAAGACAAUGACGAAGAAGACAAAGACGAAGAAGACAAUGAAGAAGAAAACAAAGACGAAGAAGACAAUGAAGAAUAUAAAAAGUAUACACAUAACGAAAGAAAUAAAAAAUGUAAAAUACAAAAAAUAAGUGAACAAACAAUUCAUGUUAAUCAAAAUGAAGUAGAAAAAGAAAACUUUGAACAUACCCAACUUUUAAAUGAUAACAAAAAAAUUGAUGAUGAUAUGCUUAAAGAAAAUAUAGAUAAUUAUCAUAAUAAUGUAAAAGAUGACAUUCAAGAUAAUCAUAAAGGUAAAGUGCAAAAUAUAAAUGAUGAUGAUAAUAAUAGUAAUACUCUUCAAAAUAAUAAUAAAUUGUUUUAUGUUGCUGGUCUUAAAGGUAAUUCCUACUAUGAAGAUAAUAUAAUUUUUGAAAGUGAAGAUAAAGAAAACUAUGGAGAAAAUGACCAAUAUAAUGAUGAUAAUUGUUCUAUUGAAACUGCUAGUGAUUUCUAUGAAAAAAGUUUAAAUGAAGAAGAACAUGAUAUAAUUAAUCUUACAGAUGAAGAAAAGAGAAAAAUACAAAUAUGUUAUAGCUUACAACAUCAUAUUUUUAGUAUGCUUAUUGAAAUUACAGAAAGAGCUAUAGCAUUUACAAAUAGUAAAGAGGUUAUAAUUGUAGGAGGAGUUGGAUGUAAUUUAUUUCUUCAGAAUAUGAUGAAAAAAAUGGCUAAACAAAAAAAUAUUAAAAUUGGAUUCAUGGAUCAUAGUUAUUGUGUUGAUAAUGGAGCUAUGAUUGCAUAUACGGGUUAUUUAGAAUAUAUACAUGCAAAAAAUAAAGACAUAUAUAAUUUUAAUAAUAUAACCAUUCAUCAGAGAUAUCGAACUGAUGAUGUAUUUGUAACAUGGAAAUGA